UCAGUUCAAGGAAACUACUCCUGCUUACACAUGAGCACAGUGAGCGUUGACCCGCCUAGAAAUGAAAAGUACAGUGCGCACGCUGGCUGCCGACUCGUCUCCUCUGUGGUUUACUUUAAAGAAGCAAUGAAGGACACGCUUUUACUCCUGUUUCUGCUGUGUGCCCAAACUAUCAAGGUCUGCUCUACACCCUACAAGAGUGAAAAUGGACAGUGUCGAAAUGACACAGAGUACAAUCACAAUGGCCUGUGCUGUACAAAGUGUCGCCCUGGCUAUCGAGGGGACACACGUUGCACUGAAACUACCGAUACUGUGUGUACACCAUGUCCUCCGGAUCAGUAUCGAGAGAACUUUAACUUCUAUCCAAACUGUAAUAGCUGUCAAAAAUGCAAAGAAGAAAAAGGUUUACAGUAUGCACAGAACUGCUCCUCUACAACACCGUCCAAGUGUAUUUGCAGACCUGGGAGGUUCUGCCGCUUGGGAUAUGACAAUCCAUACUGCUCAGACUGCAAAAAAUACAAACAAUGCAUACCUGGCUUGGGAGUGUCUGUAAAAGGCACACCAAAUUCAGAUGUGAAGUGUAAAAUAUGUCCCGAAGGCACGUUCUCUGACAAGACCUCCUCCACUGACCCCUGCCAGCCCCACACAGACUGCAAUGGGAGGGCUGUUCUUAGAGAAGGCAAUACUGAAUCAGACAAUGUGUGUGAACCGUACUCAAAUUUGACAACAGCUGACAAUCACAAGAAGAGUGUCGGUACAACUCCCAGCACAAGCACGACCACAGUUGCACCAAGCUCAGGCUCGACAUCUCUGCUAAGAAGCACCACACAGUCUGCCUCAGUUUCAGAAGAACCCUCCACCUAUUUAAUAACAAGCCGACUGACCCCACCGCCUGACAGCAGUUAUGUUGGAUUAAUUGCUUCUGUCACUGGAUUACUUGUCAUCACCAUCAUCCUUUUUCUGCUAUGUUAUUAUCAAAAAAUCUGCAAGAAAGACACUGCAAGUUUAUCUCCUAAGGUGGAUGCAAACGGAAACUGUGAGACUGCUGACGAAAAAUACAGUGGGAAAACUCAGCUGACUUUAUUCAAAGUUGCAUCACAAGAAAAUGAGUGCCUGCUAGAAAAAGGGGAAGCCAGCAGUGAUCACAGUCAAUGCACAACCAAUACCGAAACUUUAACUAGAACUGAUGGUUGCAGCAGCCAGGAAUCCAUCAGCCCUUUACAUUCCACUUUUGCGCUUGACAAUCCAUUGUCUGUUCUGUCCGAGCCCAAGAGUUUACACUCCAACAAAGACUCUGCUGCACCACAGCCCAGUAUCCAAACACAGACGUCCUCUCAGCCCAGCAGCCCUCAGAUCAUCACGCCCAUAACUACCAGCCCACACGUCAACGUUAACAUCACUUUGCACAUAGGAAACGGGUCCUGUGGGACACCAGCUUUCAUACCUGCGGACUUGAUAAAACCUGACUGUAAGCUCCCCUAUGGAGAGGAAGAGGAGUCCUUUAGCACCCCACAGCAAGAAGAUGGCAAACAGUCACUAAUGUCAGUGCCGGAGAGUUCCAAUUACUGCACCGAGCACACAAAGCAAAACUCAUAUGCAUGAAAGACUGAUGUUAAGGUACACAACUAUUUCCACUUUGAAGGCAGAAACUGUUACUUAUUGUUUAUAUUUGUAUAUAUAUGUAUAUAUAAAUAUAUAUAAGCCGUGCUGGAAAUAAAAAUGUAAAUAUGGAGAGAGGUGUAGUCUACAGUCAUCAUAAUAUAUUACAUCUAUAUCCAAUCUUUGUUGUAAAAUGCAUAUCUUGUGUGUACAGUUUUGCUGAAAGAAUCAUUUUCUUUUGUUAAGAUGCCACACAUCACUGUAUUAUGUGUAUUACGUGUAAGGUAACCUCAAAAAUGUGUUUGGAUACCAAAACCACACUUUAAAAAAAUGUAGGUCAACUGCACUAGAUGACAAAAUGUCAAAGAUUAAGCAAAUUAUUUUAAAGCAAAAUGGCACAGCUACACUUUAAAUUAUAUUUUUUUUAAAAAUACAUAUGUAAGAAAACACUCUGGUCAUGCAGCAGUGGCUGCCCUAAAGAGUUCAGUCACAGUCUUUCAGAAACUAGGCUGGGUUCCUUGCAGUUUGCAGAAACUGCUUGACAAUAUUGGGCCAUGAAGUCAACUAGUUGAAAUAGCUGUGGUUUCCUCCAUGUGACAGAGGGCACAGAUAUCCGCUCAUUCACGCUUCUGUAUGCUGCAUGUGCUCUGUGGGAUAUUCUGUGAAUUUAAUUUCCUCAUUUGCAAAAUAUUUCUACAACGGGGGGGCUGAAGAUCGACUUCGGUCACAUACGCUCAUCAGACGCUUUAUUAGGUACACCUUGCUAGUACCAUGUUAAAUCUCUUUUGUCAUAGCCGUCUUAAUUCUCUUAAAACAUUCCUCAGAGAUUUAGUCCAUGUUUGGGUCCACUGAAGCAACUGUGUGACAGUUGCUGCAGAUUUGUCAUGUUUGAGUCCAUGAUGCAAAUCUCCUGUUUUACCACAUCCAAAAGUGCUCAGUUGGAUUCAGAUCUGAUGAUCUUGAUGAUUUGAAGUUUGUGCAUUAUCCUGCUGGAAGAAGCCAUCAUAACCGAACCAUCAGGAUGCCGUAGCAGAAAUUGAGAAUCAGAGCAGGCAACAUCUUUCCAAUCUUUUCUUGUCUAAUUUUGCUUAGUACAUACACAUCUCAGCCUCAGUUUCCUGUUUUUAGUUGACAAGAGUGGUACAGACUGUGGUUUUCUGCUACUGUAACCCAUCUGCUUCAAAGACUGGCGUGCUGUACAUUCAAAGAUGCUCUUCUGGUUACAACCUUGGUUGUAACAAGUGGUUGACUUAUUUUUGCCUUCCUAGCUGCUCAAAACAAUAUGGCCAGUCACCUCUUGCAUCAACAAGAUAUUUUCACCAAGAGAACUGCUGUUGGCUGGGUGUCUUGUUUUUCAGAUGAUUCUCGGUAAACUCAAGAGAUGGUUCUGUGGGAAAUUCCCAGUACAUCAAAAGUUUCUAACAUAAUCAGACCAGCUCAUCUGGCACUAACAAAUAUGCCACAUUAAUAGUCACGUAAAUCACCUUUCUUCUCCUUGUGAUGUCUGGCUUGAACUUCUGCAAGUCAUCUUGACCAUAACAACCAAAUGCACUGAGAUCAAGCCAUGUAAUCGGCUAAUCAGGAGUUGAAGAGGUGUACCUAACCAAGAUGUCGGUGAGAGUCGACGUGUAGUUACAUUUCUAGGGGGUGUAUAUCAGGUUAUAGCAAAGGAUUUCAGAGGGGUAUGCAGUUACAAUGUAAAUAAAAGGUGUAUUUUUAUUUAUGUAUUUGGCUGAUUUAAGUUUGCAUCCAAAUAUUUACACUUCAUAAUUUCUACAUCAUAGUACCAUCGAUACAUACAAGCUCACUCACACCACUGCAAAAACAAACAACAGUACAUGUCUGUUUGAAAAUCAUAGCCAUAAUUUCUGAGUUUUAAACAUCACACACCCUUUUUAUCCGAAUUCCUUGAUUCUACUUUAAAUGUUCUGUAAACAGACUUGCAUUUGGUAAGUCUCAUUUAUCCUAGAAGUGAUCCCUGCUGCUGUUUCACACCUGCUCUGCUUGAUGUUGCUCACAAUUAUUCAGUCCAAUCUGCUGCUGCGCUUUCUCUGCCUGGUACCUCAUGUUCUCGGUCAGAAGUCUUCCAUUUCUUGUUUUAUUCUUUAACAUUUUAAACGAAUGUGAAAGACAGAAGAUUUUGCUGAUUUGACAAACUGCGCAAAAAACCAAAGCUUGACUUUUUCUUUGAGCUCAUUUCACUCGCCUCUGAAACUAUUUAAAACUAUAAUAGUAUUUCUAUUUUCAAAAAUGGAAAGAGUACCCUAGCUAGUUUUAAAGGUUUUAUACUUUUGGGUAGUGGAGUAAAAGAAGCAGCAUAUUUUCAUGUGAAAUACACCACCAAGCCACAGCAUUAAAACCACCUUCCUAACAUUGUGUAAGUCCCCUACCUGCGGCUAAAUCACCUCUGACCCUUCACACCUCUGGUUCCUCAAGACCUCACGUAUCAUGCGGAUGCAGUCCUUGGAAUCUGGGAAAUUUGGAGGCUAAAUCAAAAGCUCUUCCUUUAAGCCCCU